CCGGAAGGGGCCCGUCGCUUCCGUCUCCGCCGGGGAUGCACGGAGGGCGGAGCCGCGGCCCGAGGACGCGACGCGAGCCCAGUUCCGGCGAGGAGGCCGCGCCAGUGACAGCGAUGGCGGCGGAGUCGGCGCUCCAAGUUGUGGAGAAGCUGCAGGCGCGCCUGGCCGCGAACCCGGACCCCAAGAAGCUCUUGAAAUAUUUGAAGAAACUCUCCACCUUGCCUAUUACAGUAGACAUUCUUGCGGAGACCGGAGUUGGGAAAACAGUAAAUAGCUUACGAAAACACGAGCACGUUGGAAGUUUUGCCAGGGACCUAGUGGCCCAGUGGAAGAAACUAGUUCCUGUGGAACGAAACCCUGAGCCUGAUGAGCAGGACUUUGAGAAGACCAAUUCCCGAAAGCGCCCCAGAGAUGCUGUUCAGAAGGAGGAGGAGAUAGAGGGGGACUACCAGGAAAACUGGAAAGCCUCUAGUAGCCAAUCCUAUAGCCCUGAUCAUAGGCAGAAAAAACACAGAAAACUCUCGGAACCUGAGAGAACUCACAAAGUGUCUCAUGUUCAAGAGAGGAGAGACGAGAGAAAGAGAUGCCAUAGAAUCUCACCAGUUUAUUCUUCAGACCAUGAGUCUUCUGAUUAUGGCCACGUUCAGUCCCCUCCAUCAUCUGCCAGUCCCCAUCAGGUGUCCAUGGACCAUUACAGAUCCUUGGAGGAGGACCACGAGCCUUCUGUUCCACACCAGAAGCCCGGGAAAGGGCAUGGUAAUGCCGUUCAGGACAGACUAGCAGGCAGUCAGGACCGACAUCUGGGGGACCCACAGGGGAAAGGGGCCUCGAGUCAACACAAGGAACACAGGUCGUCUUACAAGGAAAAACGUCCGGUGGAUGCCAGGGGAGAUGGGAAGUCGUCUUUGAGUAGAGAGAAAUCCCACAAGGCCAUCUCUAAAGAGGAAAACCGGAGACCACUGUCAGGGGACAGCACCAAGGAGAAGCUGCCCUCUAGUGGUGUCAGGAGAGAGAGGGAGAAAGAAGGCAGCAGCAAGAAGUCUCUGCCCUCCUCAGACGUGGCUCCAGACAACCACCUCAGAAGCAAGCCAAAGCACAAAGACCCAGAGAAAGCCAAAUCGGACAAAAACAAGCAGAGCCUAGACAGCGCAGACAUAGGAAAGGGGACAAGAGACAGGGUGUCAAACAACUUAAAGACUUCGGAAGGGAAAGUAAAGCCUUCUCACUCAGACAGAAAGUCAGUGGGCUCCCUCCCUAAAGUUGACGAAGCGGAUAUGGAUGAUGAAUUUGAGCAGCCCACCAUGUCUUUUGAGUCAUACCUCAGCUAUGACCAGCCCCGGAAGAAAAAGAAAAAGAUGGUGAAAACUUCAGCCACGACUCUUGGAGAAAAAGGACUAAAAAAAAAUGAUCCGAAAAGCACUAAUAAAAACUCGGAUUCAGUUCAGAAAUUACCUAAAGUGAAUGAAAACAAGGCAGAGAAGCUUCAGCCAGCUGGAUCUGAUUUAGCCAAGCUGAAAAAGGUCCCCGCUGAUGCACUGCCAGUGCUGCCAGACCUCCCAUUACCCAUGAUACAGGCCAAUUACCGGCCACUUCCUACCCUGGAAUUGAUGUCCUCCUUCCCACCAAAGCGAAAAGCGCUCUCUUCACCCCAGGAAGAGGAGGAAGCUGGAUUUACUGGACGAAGAAUGAAUUCUAAGAUGCAGGUGUAUUCUGGCUCCAAAUGCGCCUAUCUCCCCAAAAUGAUGACCUUGCACCAGCAGUGCAUCCGGGUACUUAAAAACAACAUUGAUUCAAUCUUUGAAGUGGGUGGUGUCCCGUUUUCUGUUCUUGAACCCGUUUUGGAGAGGUGUACUCCUGAUCAGCUAUACCGCAUAGAGGAAUACAAUCACGUAUUAAUUGAAGAAACAGAUCAAUUAUGGAAAGUUCAUUGUCACCGAGACUUUAAGGAAGAAAGGCCGGAAGAGUAUGAGUCAUGGCGGGAGAUGUACCUGCGGCUUCAGGAUGCCCGGGAGCAGCGGCUACGAGUACUGACAAAGAAUAUCAGAUCUGCACAUGCCAAUAAGCCCAAAGGGCGACAAGCAAAGAUGGCCUUUGUCAACUCUGUGGCCAAACCGCCUCGUGAUGUUCGAAGGAGACAGGAGAAGUUUGGAACUGGAGGAGCAGCUGUACCUGAGAAAAUUAGGAUUAAGCCAGCCCCGUACCCCACAGGAAACAGCCACGCUCCUUCUGGCAGUGGCAGCAGCAACAGCUUUAGCGCCAGCCCCGAGCAGCCUGCCUAUGAUGGCCCAAGCACCAGCGGUGCUCACUUGGCUCCCGUGCUCAGCACUGUUUCCUAUGAUCCUAGGAAACCGACUGUGAAGAAAAUUGCCCCAAUGAUGGCCAAGACGAUUAAAGCUUUCAAGAACAGGUUCUCCCGACGAUAAACUGAGGAUUCGCCUUGGAGAUGAAAUUUGUGGGGAGGAGUACCAGGACAAUGGGGUUGGGGAAUGGAACUUCCAAAGGAGACCAGGAUCCUUUGCUUGGAGGCAACUUUUUGGUCUUCAAGCCCUGCCCGGUCCGCAGGUGUUGCCCCUGUGAGCCUGUGCACCACGGCCACUGCCUCCCGGCCUGGAGAACACUUCAGAAUUCUGAAGAAGAUGUGAAGCCUUCAGUCUUACUGAGGAUUUUAAGGUCAAUUAUACUUUUGUUGUUAAUUAGCUUCUUUGUAAACUAUAAGACAUAGUUUUAAUUAAUAAAUAUUGCCCCCAGAUUGUAUUUAUAUUACCCCAGUAUUUUUUUUCUUUUCUUUUUUCUUUUUCUUUUUUCUUUUUUUCUUUUCUUUUCUUUUCUUUUCUGUCCUCUACUAUACACUUAGCCUUUUCUUUUUAGGGUCCUUUAUUAAAGUUAGAUAAAAACCUGGUGAAAGCCAUUCACCUGUCCCAGUUCAGCUCUUCUGAGUAGUGGACUCUGGCCCAGAGGGAGGACUGGGUGUCCUCAGAGCCCAUAUGGUGCCUGCUGCACGCAGGGCGAGGAGUGAGUCCCAGGCUGACUGGCCUAGAGGGGUGCCUCAAAGUGGAAACAAAAAGUGUUCAAGGUAGACACCACCACCACCCCCAGCCUCUGAGGCCCUCCUCGGUGUUGCUUUGAGUUCCUAUGCAGGUGCAUCUCUUUCUUCCUCAUUAAAUAGUAUUUAUUAAAGGAGGUUAUUUGUAAAGGUCUGGAGUCUUUUCCCCAUCCUUUUUGCCAAUUCCCACUUUUUUGAGGCUCACUAGAGGACACAAAACCUUGGGGGAUCGAUUUGCACGGAACCCCAGCAUUUUUACGAUUUACAAUUUCUGAUUCAAAACUUUAGGGUUUUUUUUUUUUUUUUUUUCCUCCUCCCCUACUUUUCCUUCUCCCCACUAGCAGGGGGAGAAGACGUGAAAACAUGGCAGGGCUUUUUGUGCCCCCCACCCCCCAUAUGACUUUACAGUUUAAAAAGCCAGCACUUUAAUCUCGUUCCCUGUGAACUGCUAAUAGAAGUGAGUGGUUCUAAAAAGUUGUAAUGCUGUGUUAGAAAUUGGUUUUGUUUUGCCUUUCUUGAAAAGGUAAGAUCAUGUGAUUGGAAGAGCACAAGAAUUUGCUGUUUGCAGAGAACGUUGCAGCUGAAGCACUCUGGUUUGGGAGUGUUUAAGCCAGAAUUUGGAGGGAACGGCCAACUUACGGGAAGUGUCUGAGCUGUAGUAUCAGGAUGGGGGAGAACCGCGAGGACACCCAUUAGGUUUGGGAAGGGAGGAUCUCACUUUCAAGCUGACAUAGGAGCACAGUCAGCACUUAGGAGGACAGUGUCAGUACCCUUUGUGGCUGUUGAAGAGCACUGAUCUAGUAGGAACCCACUUGGUUGUGACCUAGGGGGCAGUUGAUGCUAUAAAUUGGAGGGACCCGUCCUUAAGUUACCCAAGAGGUAGACUAAGGGCGUGGUUAAUAGGACAGCCUCAGGAGUUCGACAAGCUCCCUCAAAGCCCAGAAUAUGGAGUCCACUGCUUUGAACCAUCCUGGAGACCUCAGGCUAACUUUGAAGAUUCCAGAACAAGCAGAGACUCUGUGUGGCAAAAGUGUUGUGCGGUGUGCAUUGCUGUGCAGGGUGCCUGUUGCAACAGGACACAAGUAUUUGCCGUGUUUCCAUUUGCUGUGUUUUUGAACUGGGUAAAACAUUAUUUCUCUUGAUCGUCUGUCUUACCAUUCCACCCCUAGUCCUGGCCUGCUCCCCAAAUCUGGUAUCAGGAAGCCUCUUCCCUAAAGCCAAUUGAACAUCUGGGUCAGGUGCCAGACAGCUGUUGCCUGGAAUAAUUUCCUAUAGGUGUCCACCAGCUGGAAUUCGUCUCUUAGCUGUGUGUUCAAGUCUUUGUCAUUAAAACCAGUUUUCCAUAUCGCAGAUUCAGUUGUGUAUGAUUUAAUUUCCUUUGUUAGGAAUUUUUAGGCAGGGAGGGAAAGAAGGACACAUUUGUUCAUGCCAACAUCACCACCCAUUUCCAGCACAUACAGAUUCUCGAUCAGCCCUGUUUGCAUAGAGCCAGAUCUUUCCCUCCUCCCCCUCCAAGAGUGUCUGCAUCAGGGACGUGACUUGGUGAGAAGAGUACGGAGGGAAGAGGAAAAGCUGAAUUUCUGAACAACCUUCUCACCCAGUUAUUGAAAUGGCUGCAGAGCAGACACAGAGGAUGAUGUCGAACCUUUGGUCUCAUUUGUGAAAACGUGUGCAAUUUUUUUUUCCUGUGCUACACUACAUACAAAUCACCAAAUUACAAAUUAACCUUUUGUGAUCCUUGGUGUAAUGAGCAGUUUCUUUGGGGCUUUCUCUUUCCGGGAAGUGGGAGGGAAAGGAGCAAGGUAUCAUCCUGCUCUCCAUUUGUAUUUUGGUCCCAAAAUGUAAAUACAAUUUUCUAUGUUACUUUUUUGUGGUAACUACCAAGAUGAAUAUUUUAAUUAGAUAAGUUAUAUGAAAAGGAAGGAAAAUUCCAUGUCUAAAUAAAAAACAAAAAACUGUCA